AUAGCAUAGCAUAGCAUAACAUAUAUAUAGAUAGAGAGAGAGAGAGUAGAUAUAUAAGUAGAUAACAUGGUUUUCUACUGUAUUUGUGGCGGGUGCAACAACUCCAGCAAAAGUGGACAUAGGGUCCAUUGCUUCCCCAAGGACAAAGGGAUUCUCCGAAGCUGGGUGCAAUUUGUCAAGUUUAGGCGGGCAGAUUUUUCAGCUAGCUCUGUUACCGCGUACUCCAGAAUAUGCAGCGCGCAUUUCAAGGAGGAGGAUUACCACUCAGGGGAUGCCAAGAUGGUCUCACUUGGUUUAAAGAGUAAGAGGACGGCGAAGUUAAUUCCUACCGCCGUGCCGUCUGUGCAUGCAAACCACUCUGCCUGCCCUGUCCCGAGGUCGAGAGACACCGUCUGCCGCAAGCGAGAGAUUGCCACGAUGUUGACAGACGCCUCACAGCAGGAGACCGUGCACAGUGUAGACACUGUGGAGGGUGUCGAUACUGGGGAUCAGCCCUUGCCCUCCUCCACUUCUGACGCUGGGACACAAUGUUAUUUGAAGCCCCCCCGAUGGUCUCACGCUGUGCAGGUUAACCUGAAGCCCAAGAUGGUUAGCGUGGGCACACAGACUUCAAUCAGCCCACAAACCUCCACUCCCCUCGCUAGUCCUGAACAGACAGUUGAUGACGAUGAUGAUGAUAAUGCCACUGUCAUCAGUGACUUGUCGUGGGUGCCCGAAGAGCCGAUGGAUGAGGAGGAAUUGUUUGAUGAGGAGCCACCUUACACGUGUGACCCCCACCACAAUUGCAUUGACAAAUUCAUUGUUUGCCAAGAGGAGCUGAUGGGCCUUUUUGCCAUCUGUCCGGCCUGUUGUGAGAGGUCGGAUAGUAGCAUCGUGCAGCAGGAAGGAACUUUUGUUAAGAUCAAGCAGGUCUGUGCAUCAUGUGGCUACCACCGUUUCUGGCAAAACCAGCCAAUGCUCCACAGGAACAUGCCAACCUGCAACCUCCUGUUAAGUGGGGCCAUUCAUUUUACUGGAUGUUUGGCCACACAGACACUAAGAAUGUUGACCCUGUUUGGCCUGCAGUGCAUCAGUGCGAGCAGUUUCUUUCGCCAUCAGCGCCGCUACACCAUCCCUAUAAUCGUUCAGGCCUGGCAGAAUGAUCAAGCCAAGAAUUUUAGUGACCUACGGGCAAUGGAUGGCGGGCUAGUUCUUGCUGGUGACUGCAGGUCAGAUUCUCCUGGGCACUGCGCAAAGUAUGGGUCAUACUCUCUGAUAGAGGACAGAGUGAACAAGGUGGUGGAUGUUCAGCUUGUUCAGAGCUCAGAGGUCCCCAACAGCUCAUGGUGUGAGCUUGAAGGGCUCAAGCGCAGUGUUGGCCUGCUGAGGGGAAACGACCUGCAUUUGGCAACGCUGAUCACGGACCGACAUCGCCAGGUUGCCAAAUGGGUGAGACAGGAGCUGAUCCCUGAAGGGACACAGCAUUAUUUUGACGUGUGGCACAUUGCCAAAAGUCUGGGGAAGGCAUUGGAUGCAGCAUCCAAAGAGUGUGACCAACUACAGUUGUGGAGGCCAGCUAUAGUGAAUCACCUCUAUUGGACUGCAGCCUCAACCCCAGAUGGCAACCCAGCGGUCAUGGAGGCCAAAUGGAGAAGUUUAGUGAACCACAUCCAGGACAUCCAUGACCAUGACACCCCUGCCUUCUCCAGUUGUGCCCAUGGCCCUCUAGACGAAGAUCAGCGCAACAAAGAGUGGCUGGACCCAGGCUCAUUGGCAGCAGUCAAGUUGGAGAACAUAAUGAUGAGGGCUGCCUUACUGAAAGAUGUUCGUCAGCUGUCUCCACAGCACCAGACUUUCUCCCUUGAGGCUUACCACUCCCUCAUCUUGCACUUCGCGCCCAAGCACACAGGGUUUUCAUACCUUGGGAUGUAUAGCAGGCUUCUCUCAGCGGCGCUGCAUUAUAAUCACAAUGCCAAUCGCGAGACAGCACGGAGAAGUGACGGGACGGAGAAGUACUGCGUGCGGUAUCCGCGCUUCAGAAAAGGUGCCCAUGUGGUGCGUCCCAUCAAAGAGGCAGCCUACGAGGUUGGCGCCAAUUUGUCCUCCGAUGCACCCGCCCCCAUCGCCAAAUCCUUCGAACAGAUUCCUAAGGAGGAGGCCAUCAGCCUCUACCUAGCCCGGCAGUCAUGCUUCAAGAAAACCUAA